AUGAGCUCUGAGAGCGAACAAGAGUCAGAAAAGCUCAAAUCUGAGCCCAGCCCCUCUGGCACGGAGAGUUUCCACUCUCAAUAUGUAGUUUUAAAUACCAUCGGCCAGGGGGGCUACGCCAAAGUCAAGCUGGCGAGGCACCGCCUCACAGGCAAGCUCGUGGCUGUCAAAAUAAUCCGCAAGAGGCAGCAAUGGUGCCAUCCGGUCACCUCUGAGGUCGAAAUAUUGAAGAUGACCAACCAUCCCAAUAUCAUCUCUCUCUUUCAAGUCAUUGAGACUAAGAAGAGAAUAUACCUCAUCAUGGAAUUGGCAGCGGGUAAACCGCUGUACCAACACAUCCAAGAAGCUGGUUACCUGCAGGAGGAUGAGGCACGGAAAAUAUUCAAACAAAUAUUAAGUGCUAUGAGCUACUGCCAUGACCAGGGGAUCAUUCAUCGAGAUUUAAAAGCAGAUAAUAUUAUGAUAGACAAUAAUGGAAAAAUAAAAAUUAUUGAUUUUGGGCUUGGCACUCAAGUGAAGCCUGGGCAACUGCUGAGAUUUCACUGCGGGACCUAUGUAUUUAGUUCUCCCGAGGUAGUCCUCGGGAGACUGUAUGAUGGCACUAAGAUCGAUGUGUGGACCCUAGGGGUUCUUCUGUACUGCAUGACAACGGGAAGGGUCCCCUUUGAUGGUGCUAACACACCACAAUUGCGAAGGAAAAUUUUGUUAGGAAAGUAUUCUAUCCCUCAUCACCUGUCACUAGAGCUCGAGGACAUGAUUAGUUACCUACUGACAAUGAACCCAAAACACCGACCGACAAUCAGUGAAGCAAUGAUGCAUCCUUGGCUUACAGAGGACUCAGAGGAUCUCCCGGAUUUUUAUGAGAAACAUAUCCCCCUCAGGCCAGACCCAGCCAUUGUAAAAGCCAUGGAACAUCUUGGAUUUCAAGCAGAAGACAUUGAAGACUCACUAUGCCAUAAAAAAUACAAUCAGGCCAUGGCGUCAUAUUGUUUUUUCAAAGAGCAGGCUGGUCAGGAGUGUGACAGCCCUACCCCAGCUCAACCCAUGAAUCCAUCAAUUACACCAUACACUUCCCGGGAUGAUCCUGCGACUUUACAUCCGGAACUAAAGAGAAGAAGUGAGCCCAUCUUGUUUUCUUCUUCCUCCAACAGCCAAAUGGCUACUCAUGGCCAGAAGCCUAAGCAGAAAGAAGACCGAAGGGUCAGUUGGCCUGGUGUUCCUCCCUGCAGGUCACUCCAGACUACACCAACAAUGGGCCAAGCCCACAUACCUUUUAGGAGUGUCCCCUUCAGGUACUCAAUGCACAGCACCAGUGCCUCAGCAGAGCACAAGCCUGUCCCCAGCAGGGGCCAGCGCACAGGACUCAAGGGGUGGGCCAGAAAGAUAGGAAAUGCUCUAAGGAGUCUCUGUUGUUGUAUACCAGCAAGAAAGAAACGUCGCCUGGGGGAGAAGAGAGUCUCCCCACAGACAUAA